AGGAUUGGAGCUGCAGCCCCGAGCAGGCCACCGUGUCCAAACCGCAUCAGCGCGUUUGAGAAGGCAGUACGGAGUUUUGCUGAGAAUCCUACGGAGAAUGUUAUCACGCCAGUUAUCGGCACAACAUUCGACUCGGUGGGUGAGGCUUACGACUUCUACAAUUUGUACUCCUAUGAGAAGGGAUUUGGCAUUCGUUAUGGCAAAAGCAGGUUAAAUGUGGAGAGGACAAAAUGCAUGCAGGAGAUAGUUUGUGGUUGCUCAGGAAAAGCAGGUGCCGAGAACACAAGAUCUUGUCGUUGUGAGUGUCCUGCUCUAAUUAGGCUGCUACGAGCAGAGGACAAAGGAUGGUAUAUUGCGGAGCAUAGGGAUACGCACAACCACUCGUUGUCGCCUAAUUGCGGUGAGACAAUCCACUGGCCAUCACACAAACACAUUGAUGUGUACACCAGAGAUCUUGUGAAGCAGUUGAGGCAGAACAAUGUGAAUUUGGCAAAGGUGUACAACAUCGUUGGCGUUUUUUUUUUAUCGAUGGAAAAUGUUCCGUUCACAAAGAGGUCUUUGCGUAAUCUAUGUGGUAAGAUAAACAGGGACCAUGCAGAGGAUGAUGUGAAGAAGACAAUUGAUGUGUUUGCUGAGAUAGGGGAUAAAGAUCCACACUUCACGUACAGGGUUCAGUCUGACAACGAGGGAAGGAUCAAGAAUCUGAUGUGGGCAACCAGGAGCAGUAGGUUGCAGUACUCAUUUUUUGGGGAUGUCAUCACUUUUGACACAACUUACCGAACAAACCUGUACGACAUGCCUUUUGGCUUGUUUGUUGGCGUGAACAACCACUUCCAGAGUGUGCUCCUGGCGGGAGUCCUUGUGCGUGAUAAAACCGAAGAUAGUUUUGUAUAUGGGUCUUCUCAGAAUUCCUCCGAAUGAUGGGUGGCUCUCCACCUGUGACCAUACUAACAGACCAGAACCGGGCUAUGGAGCUAGCGAUCAAGAACGUUAUGCCAAACACGACACACCGAUAGUGCAAGUGGCAUAUCCUGAAAAAAGCAAAAGAGUCACUCGGUAGCUUGUACACAAAGAAAAGUGAAUUCAAGGCUGAAUUUUAUAAGGUGGUAAAUCACAUGCUGACAGAAGAUGAAUUUGAAAAGGUGUUGCUGGACAAAUACAAGCUGAGAUCUCAUCCGUACAUGACAAGCCUGUUUGAGAUUCGUAAGAAAUGGGAGAAAGCUUAUUUUAAGGGCGUUUUUUGUGCAAAAAUGACUAGCACACAGAGGAGUGAGAGUGCAAACCAUAUGCUGAAAAAUUAUGUCCCUCCUGGUUGCCCGAUGCACAUGUUUGUUUAGAAAUACAUGAGGCUGCAAUUUGACCGGGAAUCGGAGGAGAACUAUGAAGAAAAACGAACGCGAAUUGGGAGUCCGUUGCUAAGAGCGAACCUAGCUGUGGAAAGGCAUGCGGGCAUGAUAUAUACAAGAGCAAUGUUUGAAUAGUUUGGACAUAUACUAUACGAAUGUGGUGCUUACCAAGUUGAGGAGGUUGGGAAACACCAGACAUAUAUUGUGAUCCACAGCGAAGCAGAGAAGAGAGAGAAAUGGUGCAUGGUGUCGUACAAGGUUACAAUGCUGGAUGGGGGUGAUGAAUUCGAUUGCGAGUGUGGACGAUUCGCACACAUGGGCCUGCUGUGUUGCCAUGUGCUGAAGGUGUUAGAUUUUAUUCGGGCUAAAGAAAUACCAGAAUAACAUAUCGUGAAGCGAUGGACAAAAGAUGCAAAAGAUAUACUGCCAGCUCACCUAGUCCAAUACUAGAAGGAUAGCAUGAAGAACAAUCCAUUUUCAUAUAUGCACUUCACUAUGUACAUGCACGCGAUGGAAUUGGUGAGAUUAGGGGACACCAUCGUGGAUGCAUACAACCGGCUGAUGGAAUUGUUCAAGUCAAAUUUGACAGUAAUGCUACCUUACGCAGAAGUGAGGGAUGGUCUUGGGCUAGAGGACAGGCUUGCAGCAAAGGGAUCGUGGUCGAUCGGUCAAACCCUGCUGCACUAGUUGGUGAACAAGUUAACCACGCACCGGAGGGGGUGCAGAGCUUGCGGACAAUGACUCUACGUCAAGAACAAGCAACCGUUUGCAUGGACUGCUGGCUCCAGCAAAAUGGAAACAGAUGGGACGACCAACGACGAGUAGGGAGAAGGCUCCGUACGAAGGCAUGAGCAAACGGACCAGAUUUUGCACAAUUUGUCGUAGGCAGGGUCACAAGCGAACAACUUGUCCAGACCGUGGAGAUAUCCCAAAACAGCCUUGGAAGCCAGCUAGAUGCAUGAACUGUGGCGUCGAAGGUCAUCGACGAAACAACUGUCAUAAAGCAAUGGCAGUAGAACUAGCAGGAGGCAUGUGAAGAGAAUGAUCUAUGACAUAAUGCCAGGAUAUGGAGUAGUUUAUGAACUUUGAAAUUUGAUGAGACUAAUGUAAUGUUGUCUGUCCUGUCAUGUAUGUGGUUUGUAUGCGAUGCCAGUAGAUUCUUGUGCUGUUGUUACCAAAACAUUUAUGUUUUCUAGUUUUUUAUUAUGAACCAUAUCGUGUUGUAGUAAGCAGAGAGGAAUCGUUAUGUUUUUUUUUCUCCCCACUGGCAUGAAGAUAAAUUCAGGGGA